UUUUGGUCAAGUCAAGUCGCAGGCUCAUUAUAGUUGCGAACUAGUGUAUUGAUUAUCCUAAAUUUGUGCUAGAAAUUAUUUUUCAAAAUGACGAUUUUAACAAAACCUUUCUCCGAAAAGAAAGGUGAGAAGGAUGUAGCUCCUUUGGUUUUCAAUGAACAAAUUCCUGCUGCGGCCGCUCCAGAAGAUGUCGAAUCGCAACAACGUAGAAUGCCCCGCAUUCUUAUCUUUCCAGCUGGUGUACGACCCCACAGGGUUACGACAGUUACUACACUCUGUCUUCUUUUGACUGCUCUUACAGUGGUAGGAAUAGGUAUCGUAGGCGGCAAAAUUCUGUAUGACCAGUACAUCAGAGUAGCUCAUAAACGGUUUGAAGGAUGGGCUCAAAUACCAAUAAAAAAUGCAUAUGCCGGGACAGAACUAGAUGAUACUGACGCAAUUUUAGAUAAAAUAUUACCAACAGAAAAUUACUCUGAAAUGUGGAACGAUGACGAUACUGACUUCAAGCAUAUUUUCAAAGAUUAUUUCCAAGAAAACUUCGAAAUUAGCAACGAUGAAAAAUACGAGAAAAUCGAUGUACCUGAUUUCAAAGAUGGUCGCAGUGGUCGUUUCAUUCACGAUUUUAAUACCAAUACAACUGGCAUCAUUGACGUAACAGGACGUAGAUGCUUCGUUAUGCCAUUGAAUCGGGACAAUGUUCUGCCACCAAAGUCAUUGUUUGAUUUGAUUCACAAGAUGUGGGAAGGAUAUUAUAAAGUAAAUACCGAUCUUGUUAGAAAAAAUAUGAGAGUGAUUAUUCCGCCAAUUACAGACACCAAGACCAUUGGAGGAUAUAUUGCAAGUGAAUGUGAUGGAUUGCCCAUUUAUAAAUUAGAAAGAUAUGUUGGUGGAGUUGUAAAGAGGUCUGCCGAUAAGCAAUCAGAAACAUUCGCCCAAUUCGCAGGCCAUGGAGUUACUCAGAUAGAAAUUACCAAUCUGGAUGAGGUGAUCGCCUAUGAAAAAAGUUUAAUUAGCCAUUAAAUUGUUUAAUUAUUGUAUUAACAUAAAAUUAUUAUAUAAAAAAAUUGAAUAGUUGACAAGCAUCACCGAAAUUUCUCUUGCUUUUCUCGUAUUUUAUUAUUUAGUUCUAUGGUAAACUUCUUGUAUUAGUUGUGUACGAAUGAUGUAUUACAAAAGCUCUGUGCCAUACCGCGGUGCUUAUAACGAACGGUAUAUUGGUUUAAAGGAACUUUUGCGUACAUCAUUUUAUUUUUAAAUAGACGAAAAGUUGGUCUAAAAACAAUUUUUGAAUAAGGAAGUCACCAGAUGUGUCAAUUUCGCAUAAUUAAUUCGGUCUUAAAUUAUUAUUGUUUGAAUUAAUAAAGAACAUAGUUUAGAAUGAUUAUACAUUUAUUUAUAACUUGUAUGUGAGAUAUUUUGUUACAUACAUACAAGUCGUUUCAAAAAUAUCAAAAAUUGUUUAGAGUCCCCCAGUAAAGUAGAUAAAAUUAUAUUACUAGUGGAAAUACCAGUUUUGUGAAAUAAAUAUAUUAUAAAAUG